AUGCCCUGGCCAAUGGAUGGUGCGGGCACAUGCGCGAAACAGAAACUUCGUCAAUCAAUGUACCGCAACUGUUCGCCGUUUCUCGGCCAGUCGUGCGUGCACAUUCGAUCCGUCUACUAUCACGAACGCAUUCGCAUGGCCACGACAGACGGCGACAACCGGGGCGAUGAUUGGAUGCACAGUGUUCGAAUAAAUCGGUGGCUGUUGAAGCCGAUCGGCGUCUGGCCGGUCUCGUUGUGCGUCGACACGAUGGAGAAAAUGAUCACGGUGCUGCUCGUGUUAAUCAGCGCAUCUCUGAUAGGAUUUCUUCUGGUCCCGUGCGCGUUGUGCACCAUUCUCGACAAGACGGACGAUCUGGACAUGAAGAUCAAAAUGAUCGGUCCAUUGAGCUUCUGCGUGAUGGCCGCGAUCAAGUAUUGCAUCCUCGUGUCGCGUGGAGGACAGAUCAGUAAAUGUAUCCGGAUCAUUCGUUCCGAUUGGACGCGAACAAAUAUGGACGAGCUCGUCGGUAAUAAAGAGAUCAUGAUCGAAUACGCGAACAUCGGUCGAUCGUUGGCGAUAUUUUGCGCCGGAUUCAUGUACUCCGGUGGAUUCUUUUACACCGCCGUGAUGCCGUUGUGCACCAAGAGAACGGAGAUCAUCGACAACGUGACAGUUCGAUCCCAAGCAUUCCCGAUCUAUCGCGGCCUCUUGGAUCCGCGGACCAGCCCGUCGUUCGAGAUCGUGCAAUUGACGCAAUGCUUGGCUGGAUUCGUGAUAUACUCCGUCACCGUCGGUGCCUGUAGCCUGGCUGCGGUGUUCGUUAUGCACGCCUGCGGACAAUUCCGAAUCCUCGGGAUGAAAUUGGACAGACUGGUGAACUGUUCGAUGGGAAGGGCCGAUCGAAAGGUCACCGAGCAAUGUUUGGGCGAUAUCGUUCAGCAUCAUUUACGCAUACUCGGUUUUAUAACGCAGGUCGAAGAACUGCUGAACGAGAUAUGCUUCGUGGAAUUCGUUGGGUGCACGUUGAAUAUAUGCUUCUUAGGAUAUUAUUUGUUGACGGAAUGGGAGCAGAGCGAUCCUAUAGGAGCGUUGACGUAUUGCACUUUGCUAAUAUCGUUUACAUUCAACAUUUUCAUUCUGUGCUACAUCGGUGAAAUUCUGUCCGAGGAGUGCAAAAAAAUCGGCUUGACAGCUUACAUGAUCAAUUGGUAUCGUUUACCUGGAAAGGAAGCGCUCGACCUGAUACUGAUAUUCGCGGUAUCGAACUCUUCCAGGAAGCUAACCGCUGGAAAGCUUGUAGAGCUGUCUUUAGGCAGUUUCUGCAGCGUAUUAAAAUCAUCUCUGGCGUACUUGAGCCUGCUUCGUACACUAACCACCUGA